CUUCCGAAUCAAUCAAUUAGACUCUGGUGACUUGCUGUGUAAAAGCAGUAUGCUGACUGCGAGAAUUCAGUGUUUCUAAUUCAAAUUCAAUAUUAAGCAUUAAAACUUUUAAAAGUUAGUAAGCCGUGAGAAAGUUUACCGCUUUCGUAUGGCUCAUGUCAUGGAGGAUGAGGGCUUCUGGGCCGACAGAGACGCUGUUACAGAAGCGUUAGAUGGUGACACUGAUCGCCCCGGGCUGGAUGAACACAGCCUUAAAACAAAUGUAGAGGACUGUGAAGCGUCUGGUGGACUUUACUGCACAUCUGGAGGGUUAGCUGAAGCUCUUAGAACUGUUGCAAGCUUACAGUUAUGGAGCUUAAUGGGGUUUUCUCUGCCUGUGUCAUCCCUCUUCUCUCUGGAGAGCUCCAGUCUGAAAUCUUCUGACAUGCCCUGCGAGGAGAGUGAGGUGAAAAGGGCAGAUGCUAUGGAAGUCAGUUCUCCACAAGAGGAAACGUAUGUUGCUCGGUUUAAAUCGGGGUACAUCAACCGUUCGGUCCCUUUAUAUCAGGAGUUUUGGAUUAAUUCUAUGAAGAAGGAUUUACACAGAGCACAGCACACUGGACUUUCAGAAUUGGUGACAUCUGUGCAUCUUCCUGGUCUGAAAACUCCCCCUGCUUCAAGCCCGUCCUCUGUGUUGAGCCCUCCAGGACUACAGGCGAAGUCAUACGCUCUAUGGCAGGAGCUACCGCAAGUAAAGAGUCUGCUGAACUCCCUCAGUGUGCAUGAGAUCCAGCUUCAGGAGGCCAUGUUUGAGCUGAUUGUGUCCGAGGCCUCGUAUCAGAAGAGUCUGAUAGUAGCACUGAAUGUGUUUCAGUGCUCAGCAGAACUCAAACAGGUCCUCUCACGUGUGCAGCAUCAUGUUCUGUUCUCCAACCUAAAGGAUGUCUGCAGAGUCAGUGAACGAUUUCUGCAGGACAUGGAGUCCCAUCUUGGGCAGUAUGUGGUAAUGUCACAGGUUGGCGAUAUUGUUUUGAAUCACCAGCAACCUUUCCAAAAAGUCUACGUGCCAUAUAUCACCAACAUGAUGUACCAGGAGGCUCUCAUCACUCAGCUGCUGCAGGAAAAUAAGAAAUUUGCACUGAUCCUGAAGAAACUAGAGAAAGAUCCACAAUGCCAGAGACAGACCCUCAAGUCUUUUCUGAUUCUUCCCUUCCAGGGGAUCACAAGAAUGACGCUCUUACUUGAGAACAUCCUUAAGCGAGCUAGAGGUGUUUUUUCUAAUGUCCCUAAUCUGACGGAAGCCAUUGAAGCUGUACGUAAGAUAGUGGGAGAGUGUGACAGAAAUGUCCAACAAAUGAAGAGGACAGAGUUGCUUGUUUGUUUGGACAAGUUAGUGGACUUUGGAAAUGUUAAGUCCGUUCCAUUGAUCACCAGAGGGCGUCAUUUGAUUCAAGAGGGAACUUUCAAGCAUCUAAUUGUUGGUGGCAGUCACAGAGUCUCUAUAGUGUCUCGCAAAGAUGUGUACAUACACCUUUUCAAUGAUCUUUUGCUCCUCUCUGUUAAAAGUGGAAACAGGUUUGUUGUGCAGGACCAUGCACCAUUUCCUGAUAAAGUGCGUGUAAAGGAAAUCGAAAAUUUUUUGGGAUUACCUCCUGAAUCCUUCCUGCUCCGUCUGAGCAAUAACCACAACAGAUAUUCCACCACCCUGAUACUGGCUGCACCAACGAGGUUAGAAAAAGAGACCUGGAUGAAAGUUUUCUCUUCAAAAUAGGAGACCGCAAAUGUGGAAAUGCAACAAAGUUUGUUCUUCAAGAAAUGGACACCAUGAAGUGCUCUAAAAUACUAAUUAUACUGGACCUUUUAAUUUUUUUUUAAAUAUUGUUUCAAUAGUAAUAUGUAUAUUCUUAAAUAAAAUGCUGUACUCAACAGUU